AUGUCAGCUUACCGUAUAGGUUUAUGGAAACAUCCACGCAGUCGUGCUGCUGAAUACACCGAUAUUGAAUACUGGACAGACCUGGUCAAGAUCCUUGAGGCUGGAAAAUUCCACGGCCUCUUCCUUGCCGAUGUGCUUGGCCAUUAUGGCGUGUACAAAGGCCCUUUCAACGUGGACCCAGGCCUUUCAGCGGCUGCACAGUUUCCCAUUUCUGAUCCGAUGCUACCUGUGUCUGCUAUGGCCGCCGUCACCAAGCAUCUCUCAUUUUGGAUCACUGCAUCUACCACGUACGAGAAUCCGUUCUUGCUGGCCCGCCGCUUUGCCACUCUGGACCAUCUUACUAAAGGACGUGUUGCCUGGAACGCGGUGACCAGCCAUUUGGCUCCCGCUGCCAAGAAUCUCAGCCUAGACAAGGAAAUUGCCCACGACGAGCGCUAUCAGAUCGCAGAGGAGUUUCUGACCUUGACUUACAAACUAUGGGAGGGCACAUGGCGUGAUAAUGCUGUCGUGAAGGAUACCAAGACAAAAAAAUAUGCCGUUCCAGGCCGCGUCCAGGCUAUCAACCACGAAGGAAAAUACUUCAAGUCGGCUGGCCCUCUAACUACUGAGCCCUCCAUCCAGCGCACGCCGUUUAUCUUCCAAGCCGGUACCAGCAGCGCGGGAAAGGCGUUCGCCACCAAACAUGCCGAGUGCAUGUUUCUUCCUGGAAUGACGCCAGAGGCUGUCAAGAAGGUGGCCGACGACGUUCGCCUGCGCGCUGCUGAACAGGGCCGUGAUCCGUCUACCCUCCAACUGAUAGCCGGCAUUAUCGUCAUCGUCGACGAGACAGACGAGAAGGCUCAGGCCAAAUAUAAGGAGUACUUGUCGUAUGCCGACUACGAAGGGUCGCUGGCUCUCUUUGGCGGCUGGACCGGCGUCGAUUUCUCCAAUUGGGACGAUGAUGAGGACUUUACCUUUACGGGGCCAGGAUCUAUCCAGAGCAUGAUCUCGUCCUGGACAGCAACCAUCCUGGGCACAGACGGCGUGCGUUGGACCAAGCGCCGAAUUGCUCAAGAGCUAGCCAUCAGUGGUGCCCACAGCCGCAUUAUCGGCUCGCCAAAGACAGUUGCCGACGCCUUGGAACGUCAGCCCCGGCGACUUGAGGACAUCAUCCACUGGCUGUUGCCCGAGCUGCGUGCCCGAGGUGUCUUCUGGGACGAUUAUAUGGCGACCACAACCCGAGAGAACCACUUCCAAGACGGCCUGGGGCCGAGACUGCGAGACGACCACCCGGGAGCACAGUACAAGUGGAAGGCAUGA